AAACUUCAACAUUUACCGGUAUAUGUGUCAAACGUGGAGUCUAUUGUAUGUUGUUCAGUCUGGAAAUUAUUGCUUGACUAAUAUUUUAUUUAUUUUCUAUUCCAUUAAUGUGAGAUUACAUUAGUUAUUAAUUAGUGCCAAUGAAGAAAAUAGGUUAAAUCAGUCUCCAAUACAACGUAUUAAUCGACAGCUUUUUUCAGCCGAUUAUCGAACGGAAAUAAGAUUGACGUAGGAAAACCUGAAUUGAACGAUUUUUACCAGGAAAUUACAAAAUGGAUACAGUAAAAAAUGAUGAUGCCUCUUCGGAGGUGGAAUCUUUCAUUCCAAAAUCGCAGAAUGAAACAAAACACAAAAUCUGCGUUGCUCCGGCGAAAAAAGAGAUGGAAACAAUUCAUUUAGAUGGAUCAACUAAACCGUACGAUCCGUUUGAUGAAAGAAGACUGAAAAAUCCUACUACCGACAUGGAAACCAUGACUCAUUUAUUAAAGGCUUCCCUUGGAAGUGGAAUUUUAUCAAUGCCAUACGCUUUCAAAUGUGCCGGAUUAUCUAUGGGAUUAUUAGCUACCGUUCUAACUGCAUUUAUUUGCACUUAUUGUUCCUAUAUAUUGGUAAAAUGCGCUCACUCGCUGUAUUUUAGGGUAAAAAUCCAUACUAUGUCAUAUGCGGACGUAGCAGAGGUAGCUUUUGCGAAUGGACCAGCUGCUGUAAGGCCAUACUCGAAAUUCUCGCGGGUGAUGGUAAUGAUCGCUUUGUUCGUUUCUUACUUUGGAGCUGUAAGCUGCUAUACUGUUAUCGCCGGGGAAAACUUCCAAGAAGUUAUCGAACAUUAUACUAAAGUUAACAUCAAUAUCAGAUAUUAUAUUGCAUCCGUGCUGCCAAUUUUACUACCAUUGGCAUUCAUUCCAAACUUGAAAGCACUGGUUCCAUUUUCAUUCGCUGCAAAUGUUCUGAUCGUAUUAGGUUUAGGGAUCACUGUUUACUUCUUGAUAUUUGGAACGGCUCAAGAGGUGGCCAUUAGAUAUUUACCAGAAAAAUGGGCAGAUCUCUCAUUCACUUUCAGUAUUACUGUUUUCGCUAUGGAGGCUAUUGGAUUAAUGAUGCCUUUGGAAAAUAACAUGAAAAACCCUACUCAUUUCACGGGUAUUUGCGGAGUAUUAAAUAGAGGAAUGACUGUCGUUUCGUUGAUUUAUAUCAUCAUCGGUGUUAUCGGAUACUUGAAAUUCGGCGAUCGAGUUGCUGCCAAUAUCACUAAAAAUUUACCUAUCGAACAUAUUGUUGCUCAAGUAGCCAAAGUUUCAAUUGGAGUUUCUGUGCUGUUAUCUUAUGUACUUCAAUUCUUCGUGUGCUUGGAAAUCUUAUGGAAUUUAAUUAAGGAUUAUUGCGCCAAAUCGGAAAGAUUGUAUAACAGUCUGUGCCGAAUCGGUUUGGUUUUCUUUUCAGUAUUAUUAGCCGUUGCUAUUCCCACAAUCGGACCAUUUGCAUCGUUAAUUGGAGCAUUAUGUUUCUCUUUCUUGGGAAUCAUAUUCCCUGUGUUCAUCGACGUAGUCACGUAUUGGGAGAAACAAUCGAAAUCCACAUUAUUACUGCGUAGCGCACCUGUGCUUUUAUUCGGUGUGUUAGCGUUGUGCUUUGGAACCUAUACCAGCAUGUUGGAUAUUAUUGACUUGUAUUCUGGAAAAAAUUUAAAUACGACGAUGGCCAAUAAUGGUAGCGUAUCUGCAUAGUCGUAAUAUCAAGGUAUAUGAUACUGCUUGUUUUUUAUAUUGAGACUUUUUCCGAUUUGAAAUUUUUGUAUACCGAUACCUACGUAAAUUAUAUUUGAACUAAAAAUAGUUUAUAGGAUUUUACAGAAUUUUCAAGAUUUUACUUUUUUAAUAUGUGUACAUUUGCAAUGUUUUUAAUGAUAGACUUUAUAAGUCCAAGUAUAUGAAUAAAGUAAUUUUUAAUAAA